CCCAACGUACGGUACAUGUUAGCUUGAUCAUUGUAGGCUAAAGUCAGUCAGCAGACAGCAAGCACGGAGCGUGAAAUCCCAUUUCGACAUCUUCAGUUAAAAACAGGCAUAGAACACUAUUCGGAAUCAUACCUGUAUAAUCGGUAUAGAGAUUGUGAAAUCGGAGUAAAUGAUCAGUAGAUCAGCGCUGGACAAUACAUACACCUACAUAGUAGGCCAAUAAUAUCACCUGUGCCUUUCUUUGGACCUCAUAGAGUAUACAGGAAUGACAAAUGUUUAUUGAGUCGACAUAUUCACAAAUAAUUAUCUUUUCAUGAAACGUAGCUUUGACAGGUGGUGUUACGUCUUCCAUGAUUGUGAGUCUAACAUAAGAAAGGGUCCAUUAUUGUUCACUGAGGUCUGUCAAUAAUUAUAUUAUACGGCUGGAGAAACUGUAUAUGUGUGUGACAGAGGACUCCCUAAAGACGACUCAGUGACUCGUUGAUAUUUUUUUUCUUCUUCUGACAUUUAUAACUACACCGCCUCUGCGAUCCCUGCAAUCACCACCAGCACCACCACCGUCAACACCACUGACAGCUAGCUUGGUCGCCAUCUCCACCCCUUGGUAAUUUCAUUUUCGGGAAAACGAUCUUGAAAUUUGUAAUUUCCCUUUUUAUUACUCCAGAAAGGGGAAUUGAUUACCCAUGCAAGUCGUUUGCUGACAACAAGCUCCUGUCAAUAUUUCUUGAUCUGUAUAUAUCAGAUCUAUUCAUGUUUUGAUGUGACAAACAGUUUCAGAUUACAGGAAGGAGGAAAACGUUGUUUGCAGCUAUUUCAGGACGUGUCGAGUAGUUCAAGCGAUUCUUCUUUUUGCCAAGAUUGAGGAAGUAGAUAUAGUUAUCAUCUUAACGGACGAUUGAGGAAAAUCCAUGAAAAAUAGCAUUUAUUGUUGUGAUCACUUCGUUUGGACAAGUCUGCAUUAAAGACGUAGUUCCGUGCAUAAUCAUCUGGAAGAGGUUUAUAACUUUAGAAGGAGGACAUUAAUACUGACAGAGACUUGCUGGUAUAACAAAUAGAACUUCAGACAAAAUUCAUAUAUCGGAUUUAUCCCAGUUGAUGCCGCGAAAACGUACAGUGAGCCGUCCGUGCCCCACGCUGUGGAUAGGCAGCCCAUCAUACAAGUUUUAGAAACUCUUUCUUAGUUCGUGUUAUGUCCUACUUCAAACUCGAUUUCACAACCAUGGAAUCUGACCCAGAUCUCAGCUCAGUAAACGAACUCAGUGAUGAAGAAGAGGAAAAUACUCUCCUCGAUCGCAUCCCGCCUCCGCCUGUCGACAAGACGCACAAGGCCCGUCAAGGGAGCCGAGUCAUCAAGCCAAAGGAACGGAAACAUAUUCUGAUUGCUGUUGUAACAGUACUCGUGUUCACCACACAGUUCGCCUGUAGGGGAUACCUGACGGGGGUUCUCUCAACCAUACAGCAUAGUUUAGAUAUCUCACAAGCCGAAGCAUGGCUCGUCGACAUCGCCUUCGACUUUGGCGUGGUCAUCGGGAUCGUCGGGUUGCUCUCCUGCAGGAGGUGCGUCAACCGACCGCGCUGCGUCGCCGGUGGUGCGUUUCUCAUCGGCGUCGGGCUCUUCGCGUCGUCCGUACCGUACUUCAUGCUCCACCCGUCCCCGGCCUGGCUGUCAUCGCCGGUCGCCUCUAAACUACCCCAGUAUGAACUCUGCGACCUUGGCAAGGUGCCCGAUGACGGACCUGUCGAUAAUGGCCAUGAAGAUGAAACGCUGGAUUACAUCAAGAGUUUGAGUGGGAAAGAGCUGGCUGUCAUAUGCGGGAUGCUUGUGGCUGGUUUAGGAGCAGCUCCUCAGUGGGUUUGUGGAUUCACCUAUCUGCAGGAUCGUACACAGAAGCACCCUAUCGUGAUUGUCACAUUGUACAUGAUAGGAUCGCUCCUAGGGCGUUGGACUGGAAGCCUCUUGGCUUUCUUCAUUGAGCGUAAAACAGAACCGAUGAGCUCGUACGGUGCCAUAUCAAGAUGGUGGCUUGGCUUUCUCCUGCUCGGUUUGAAUGGUUUCCUCACCGCGCUCAUUCUUGUGUUGUACAACGACGUAGCGGAGGGAGGGGGCUCGAAGACGACUCAGAACGGGCGACAUAAACGACUGAACAGCGAGUCUUCAACGGUGGGGAACAACGAACAAUCUUCUGCCAUUGGGUCACCGAUGGGGGCGCCUGAUCAGAACGACAGUUUCUACUACAUGCGACUGGACGACGCCGGCAACAUGCCGACAAGCACUAGACACUCUCACAUCGCUGAAGCCUGUUGCACGGUUUACAAGCAGAGCAACCUCGUUCUGUUGUGCAUAGCAACCAGCUUUGAGGCAGCAAUCCUGACGGGUUUCCUCGUCUUCCAGCCAAGGUUCUAUGGGAUCGUAUCGGGUAUCGGCAUAUUUGAUGCAGAAUUCUACUUCUCAAGUGCGGUACUGAUGGGUCUCUUAGUCGGUGUCAUCAUCGCGAUCGUCGCCCUGGUGGCCAUGAAGCCCUCUAUCUAUCACAUGUGGAGAGUGACAUGGAUCAUGUGUUUGGUCACCAUGGGUAUCAUGUGGGUGCUUUUCCUCUACAGCUGCGACGAGGCCCCCGUGGACGCCUACCGGGAGAGUCCUGGCGAGCAGACAAAGGCGGAUGAUUUAUCAAAGUGGGUUGACCUCAAUGAGACCUGCUCUGAUCAGUGUAGCUGUCCAAACCAUGUCUGGCAUCCCGUCUGUGGUUCUGAUCACGUGACUUACAUCUCCCCUUGCCUGGCUGGUUGUCAAUCACUCACUGGAAAAGCCAAAUUCAAUUUCACCAAGUGCGUUGGUAUCGAGGGACCUGACGGUGAGAUGGGGAGUGCCACCAGCGACCCUUGUCCUGCUGAUUGUAAUCCUCUCUGGUCUCAUCUUCUUGCCGUCUUCUUCAUCUUUCUUCUCACCGGUGUCAACUUCCCCAUCAUCCUCCUCCUCGUUAUCGGGACGGUCAAGGUCCAUAAGCGGAGCCAGUCAUUGGGAAUGAUGGUCAUUAUGUGGCAUCUUAUUGGUGUUUUACCGGCGAUAGGCUACUUCAACGCGAUCUUGGGCCAGGCCUGCUCCCUCUGGCAGUCUAAACACGAGUUUGUCGGCCAGCACUACACCGACUGCCUCAUGUACCAUCCUGAGAAACACCACUUCUUCUUCGUCUCUCUCGUACUCUUCCUAAAGGCCUUCGCUCUCGUGUUCUACGGGAUCUCGUUCAGGGUCACGGCGAGAUUGAAGCAGGACGAGGAUGACGUCACAAGUAACCGCGAUUGGAUUGGCUACAACGGCGAGAGGGCGAGCGUGGAGCUUGGGAGAGUCGAUCGAAGAGGAAAUGCAGCCACUUCAUCUUCCCCAGCAUUUUUGUAAUGAAGACAAGUCUUUCAUAUUUUCAGCAUUUUACAGAUGAAAAAAAAAACUUUGAGAAAUCAAGUCAGAAUGAGAGAGACCUCGAUCAUUACACCAUGUUGGAUUGAAUUUGGGCCUUAUCUUUUUGAUUAAGUUAUUUCGUCGGUGUUGUUAUUUUUGUUGUUUGGUCUGUACCCGGGGUCUGUACUGCGAUUAUCGACCCAUUUUGUGUAAUUGACAUCGUGAGAACAUUUCAGUUUUCAUGCGGAAGGAGAAUGAAAAACUUUUCUUUAUUCAAGAGAGAAGAAAGCAGGCUGUUGUGGAGUGAGAGCGGGAUCGAGAAUGGUGGGAACCAAAUUCAAGAGGUUACGUUUCUGCCUGGUCGGCCAUAAUUAAGGCAACGUUCAGCGAGGAGACCACAAUAAUCGUCUCUUUAAGAAUGAUGAUAUUCAGGAAUUCGGAAUGCCCUAUUCCAGUCGUGAUAGAUAUGUUGCAGAAAGUCAUGGGCAGAUUACUAUUUACUUUUGCUGUCAUCAAGUAAUUUGUUGUUAUUUUUUCGUCAUUGCUUCUUUUGUGAAUUUCAGAUGCUUCUUUGCCAUUUAUGUCAGCAUAUUUUAAUAUUUUAAAGAAUGUAAGCAUUUUCUUCACCAAUAUAAGUUUGUAUUUAUCAUGCAGGUCAGCUCACUUUUCUUCAUCGUCUUUCGUUAAAAUAUUGUUUCGUUUCAUUCAGAUUUGAAAUAAAAAGGAUCAUUGUAUAUGUCGUUAUAGGACAUGACUUUUGUACAUUAUAUUUAAAGUAUAUUUUAAAUUAAUGUUUUAAGUGGCAUGUAUAAUGUUUUGUUAUUUAUUCAGUUAAAAUUCAUACACAUGAUUCUCAUAAUACCAGGUUAUUCCAUGGACGUACUAAGUUCAGGGACAUAAUUAGGCCUAUUAGCUUUCUCCAUCUCACUAUAUACAGACCAACCUAUUACGUUGCCAUCUUUAAUUUGUCUCUCCCUUUUGAUAUUGUAUACCAAAUACACGAGUCAAUUCGUAACCACCGCAAUGUUUAAUAUUUUUAGCUUAUUAUUUGGCAACGAAAUUAUUCAAACCAUGUGCUUUCUUAAAUGAAUUCUGUUUCGAAACCUCGCUUCGCUAAAUAUCCAUGCCCGUUUAAUUCUGUUUCAUGAGUUUGGUAAAUUUGUCAUUGUACAUGUAUUUUCAAUAUAAGUUACCUUCGAAGCAAAUGCUGAUGCUUUUGUGUUUUUCAAUUGUUCAUUAUAACAAAGUAUUACAUUGUAUUUUAUACACAGUCAUUUUAGAGUGAUCAUGGACUACUUUUAAACAGAUUUUUUACGGAAUAAUUAUGACUAUCAUUCAGGCCUGCUAUCAUUUAUUAUACCAGCAGUGCGCAACGUCAAUUUUACGUUCAAUUCAAAAUAAUGUAAGUAAUGGAACCAACCUUUUAAAUGAUUAACCGUCUUGCCAUUCAUGGUGUACAAUUUUCUACCCUAGUAAAUCGAUAUUUUUGCUAUAGGACAAUGUCAUUUCAUUUCACAUGAUUCCACAGAGUAAACGUGUACAAAAAUCGAGGCUAAUGAUAAUGCCUUUAAUAGUACUUUCAUCAUUUUUUUCGAGUACUAUUGUGAACUUCUGGCUUCCUUAUUAGGUGAAGAUUGACAAUCUGUUAACAAUGCUGCUGAAAUCGCGCACAUUUUCAUGCUUAUACAACGCAGACAUUGCUUAAUGUGGACCUGCAAUCGUUGUAUUAUUUUUAAUUGCCAACAUUUUGUCUUAAAGUAUUAUUUUGAUUGUGUUGAUUGUUGAUAUGCAUGUAUAUAGUAAGCAUUGUUUGUAUUCGCUGUGCCCAAUAUUCUUGUUUCAACUGGAAUUGUCAAAUGCCACAUUUUAUCGAGUUUCGAGUAUUUUUUUUUAAAGCGCUAAGUGGUUUACUAUUUAUUAGCCUUUAUUAUGCAGUUCAUUUCAUUUCAUUUGAUUAGGGUUUAUCGUCUCACUGUAAAAGCAGUAGCUAUGGGAACAAAGAAGGAUUUUCAUGAAAAAUUAGUCAUGUCCCAGCCGCCCCGUAAAGAUAAAAGUCAGAUGGAGGGUGGGAGUUUAACCCCCUCCCCCACCUCUCUUCGAAAGUGAUGUUGAUGAAGGGCAUUUUUCUUGUCGACAAUUUGUAAUUAUGAGAACCUUCGAACGAAUGCCUAAAUUUGGGCCAUCUAAAUGUAAAUGUCUGUCGUAGCCCUACCCUAAAACACGACCUCCGUCUCUCAGUAAGCAUAACAAACUGUAACAUUCUUUUUUUUAUGAAGAGAAAGAAAAUCAUCUUCAAAGUGAUUUACUAAUAUUUAUGCACAAUCCAUUAGUAUUAUGUGGGAUUGGAGAAUGAUAUCGUGGGACUUUUUUUUCAACUCGAUGUUAUGUAAUACAGGGGCGAUUCCAUGCUAUGUAUCCAUGACGAUAUAAUUAUUUGUAUCCAUUGAUUUUAUCGAAAAUGGCAAAAUAAUUAGAUAUGACCUUUGUCUAAUGGUAAUUACAUGUAUAUGUUACCAGAAACUACAACUAGUCAAUAAUCGGUCAUAUCAAAAGAUCUUCAUUUUUGGAUGAAAUAAAGGAUAUAAGACUUGUGUCGUAUGGCGGAAUUACGCUCAAUCUGUAUCCUUACGUAUGAACAUGUAUAGUACAAAUAAUAAUCAUUGACAGUACUCGACUUUCUUUCUCUCAAGCUUCAAUAAUAGUACUGUGCGGUUUAUUCCAUUUUUGAUUGGUGUAUAUAUUCGAAUGAAUAUGUAAAAUAUAGAUCGCUGUUAUAGUUGUAUUUUUGAUAAAAGUGGAUGUGAUUUUUCGGUAUCCCUUAUCUAAAAUAAAUCAAUCAAAGAUGAGGUGCAAACAUCAAA